AUGGCCAACAAAUCCCUCACCCCAGAAGAGCGAGCCACCUACAGCGCGCUCCUCGCCAUCCUACAAACCCACACCGACGCCCACGGCAUCUCGCACCGCCCCUACGGCCUCGACUGGAUCAACUUCGAGCGCCUGAUGUACCGUCUGCUGAUCCUGCGCGGUGUCGCCCGCGCCGGUGACCGCAUCCCCGCUGAUCCCUGGGUGUUAUUCCUGGAUAACUAUGCGCCGCGCGACGUGCGCCGCUCCCCUAGCGAGGAGGGCCGCGUCGAGGUCGCCUUCUUCCCUAGCUCGAUUCUGUUAUCUACCGAUAACAGCACUCGCCCCCGCUCCACACGCACCGACUCCAACAGCCACGUGCACUUCGACCACACGGCCGUGGAGCGUGACCCAAGCCAGAGACGCUCGCCGCAGAUUCCGCGGUAUUUUCAAUGA